AAUAAGGAAAAUCCAGCUCUGGACUUUCUGCUAAUAACUAGACCAACUACUCUCAUCUUUCCUUCUGAUUCUUACUUAUUGCUUUCACAGCCUCAGAUCUGAGCUUCAUGCUUUCACUCAAACUCACGCGCCUUCUUCUCUUCAGCUUCAACCUCUGAAUACUAAGGAUUUUGACCAUAAAUCCAACUUCUGAUUGUAGAAAUUAAGAGAGGAUUGAUAUCAUUUUUUUCAUGGCAAAAUCAAGGCAACAUUUUUCUUCCCAAGAUGCAUCAUUGUCACCUCCUGCUGUAAGGUCCAGAGAAUGGGAGGGUCCAUCGAGAUGGACAGAGUACUUAGGUCCUGACAUGACUUCUCCAAUGUCAUCAAGAACCUCUAGAAAUGGUAGUCUUGAUGGACAAAGCCAGGGUAGUUCAGGUGGAUCCCACAAGGGUUUGAACUUGCAGUGGGUGGUCCAACUUAUUGAAGUGGCCGAUGGAUUAAUGGCCAAGAUGUAUCGAUUUAACCAAAUACUGGACUACCCUGAUCCAGUAGGUCAUGUGUUUUCUGAAGCAUUCUGGAAAUCAGGGGUGUUCCCAAUCCAUCCAAGGAUAUGUUUAUUACUAUCAAAAAAGUUUCCAGAGCACUUUAGCAAGUUGCAACUUGACCGAGUGGAUAAAGCUGCUUUGGAUGCCAUGCAUGACAGUGCAGAAGUUCAUUUACAGAGCUUGGAACCAUGGAUUCAGUUGCUUCUUGACUUGCUGGCAUUUCGGGAACAAGCUCUUCGACUUAUAUUGGAUCUAAGUAGUACUGUUAUUACUCUCUUGCCUCAUCAGAACUCACUUAUACUACAUGCUUUUAUGGAUGUCUUCUGUUCCUUUGUCCGCGUUAACCUUUUCUCUGAGAAGAUGCCGAGAAAAAUGAUGCUGCAAGUGUAUAAUCUUUUGCAUGCCAUGUCAAGAAAUGACCGAGACUUUGAUUAUUAUCAUCGGUUGAUUAUGUUUAUAGACUCAUAUGAUCCACCAUUGAAAGGGUUACAAGAAGACUUAAAUUUUGUUAGCCCACGUAUUGGGGAGGUAUUGGAGGCUGUUGGUCCUAUUAUUUUCUUAUCUACAGAUACAAGGAAGCUGAGGAAUGAGGGAUUUUUGAGUCCAUAUCAUCCUCGAUACCCAGACAUACUCACAAAUAGUGCUCAUCCCAUGAGAGCCCAAGAUCUUGCAAAUGUUACUUCUUAUCGAGAAUGGGUAUUACUUGGAUAUCUUGUUUGCCCUGAUGAGCUGCUUCGCGUUACUAGCAUUGAUAUUGCCCUGGUUGUACUGAAGGAAAAUUUAGUUCUUACACUGUUCAGAGAUGAGUAUAUACCAUUGCAUGAGGAUUAUCAGUUAUAUGUUUUGCCACGAAUAUUAGAAUCGAAAAAGAUGGCAAAAUCUGGACGGACAAAGCAAAAGGAAGCAGAUUUGGAGUAUAGUGUGGCAAAACAGGUUGAGAAAAUGCUAAGUGAGGUUCAUGAGCAAGCAAUUUUAUCAUGUGAUGUGAUACACCGUGAGAGGAGAAUAUUGUUAAAGCAAGAAAUUGGAAGGAUGGUAAUAUUUUUCACUGAUCAGCCAAGUUUAUUGGCUCCAAACAUCCAGAUGGUGUUUUCUGCUUUGGCUUUAGCUCAAUAUGAGGUGAUCUGGUACUUCCAACAUAUUGGAGUUGCAACAUCAAAAUCUAAAGCUGCUCGAAUUGUACCAGUGGACAUAGAUCCAAAUGAUCCAACUAUUGGAUUCUUGUUAGAUGGAAUGGAUCAUCUAUGCUGUCUAGUGCGCAAAUAUAUUGCAGCAAUUCGAGGUUAUGCAUUAUCAUAUCUCUCGUCCUGUGCUGGUAGAAUCCGGUUUUUACUUGGAACUCCUGGAAUGGUGGCCCUUGACCUUGACUCAACUUUGAAAGGACUUUUUCAGCAGAUAAUUCAGAAACUUGAAAACAUACCAAAACCACAGGGUGAAAACGUAUCUGCCAUCACAUGUGAUCUAUCUGACUUCCGUAAGGAUUGGUUAUCAAUAUUGAUGAUUGUCACAUCUGCUCGGUCAUCUAUUAACAUAAGACAUUUGGAGAAAGCUACUGUCUCCACAGGAAAGGAAGGAUUACUAUCUGAAGGAAAUGCGGCAUACAAUUGGUCCAGAUGUGUGGAUGAACUGGAGUCUCAGUUAUCGAAGCAUGGAAGUCUCAGAAAGCUGUAUUUCUACCACCAACAUCUCACCGCGGUUUUCAGGAACACUAUGUUUGGUCCAGAAGGACGUCCUCAGCAUUGCUGUGCAUGGCUUGGUGUGGCAAGUAGUUUUCCAGAGUGUGCUUCUCCAAUUGUUCCUGAAGAGGUUACUAAAAUUGGACGAGAUGCAGUUCUAUACGUUGAGUCUCUUAUAGAAUCCAUCAUGGGAGGAUUGGAGGGACUGAUCAACAUUCUUGAUUCUGAAGGAGGAUUUGGUGCUUUAGAGAUUCAGCUUCUUCCUGAGCAGGCAGCUCUUUAUUUGAAUAAUGCAUCAAGAGUUUCAAUUCCUUCUGCAAAAUCUCCAAAAAUGGCGGCUGGAUUUCCGUUGCCUGGUCGUGAGAGCUAUCCUGAAAAUAAUAAUUCUAUUAAAAUGUUAGAAGCUGCAAUGCAGAGAUUGACCAACUUAUGCUCAGUUUUGAAUGAUAUGGAGCCUAUAUGUGUUCUUAAUCAUGUGUUUGUUCUAAGGGAGUACAUGAGGGAAUGCAUUCUUGGGAAUUUCAAGAGGAGAAUACUUGCUGUACUGAAAACUGAUAAUGAUCUUCAACGGCCUUCCAUUUUGGAAUCAAUUAUUCGGAGACACAUGAGCAUUGUCCACCUGGCAGAACAGCAUAUUAGCAUGGACUUAACCCAGGGUAUUCGAGAAGUCUUACUAACAGAGGCGUUCACUGGACCAGUUUCUUCUCUGCAUGCGUUUGAUAAACCAGCAGAGCAACUCACUGGAUCAGCAACUGAAGUUGUUUGCAACUGGUACAUAGACAAUAUUGUCAAAGAUAUAUCUGGUGCAGGAAUCCUGUUUACACCAAUGCACAAAUGCUUCAAAAGCACAAGGCCUGUUGGUGGAUAUUUUGCUGAGUCGGUCACUGAUCUCAGAGAAUUGCAAGCCUUCAUCCGACUUUUUGGUGGUUAUGGGGUGGAUAGGCUGGACAGAAUGAUGAAAGAUCAUACAGCUGCUCUUUUAAACUGCAUUGACACAUCAUUGCGUUCAAAUCGUGAGCUGUUGGAGGCAGUUGCUGUCAGCAUGCAUAAUGGUGACCGAACAGAAAGAGAGGCCAUUUUGAAGCAGAUAGUGGAUUUGGACACACUAAUUGGAUUUUGCAUUGAGGCAGGCCAAGCGCUAGCUUUUGAUAACCUUCUAGCUGAAGCUGCUGGAACUGUUCUAGAAGAAGGUGCACCAUUGAUAUACUCUUUACUUGCUGGGGUGGUUAAGCAUAUACCUGAAGAACUACCUGAAAAGAAGGAAAUCAGGAGGCUGAAGGGAGUGGCAAACAGUGUUGGUGUGGUUGCUGAUCAUGAUUCUGAGUGGGUAAGAUCAAUUUUGGAGGAGGUUGGAGGUGCACAUGAUGAUUCAUGGAGUUUGUUGCCUUACUUGUUUGCAAGCUUCAUGACCUCCAGUAUAUGGAACACCACUGGCUUCAAUGUUGACACUGGAGGUUUCAACAACAAUAUCCAUUGUUUGGCAAGGUGCAUUCAUGCUGUGAUUGCAGGACGUGAGUAUGUUAGAUUGGAACGGGAAUAUCACCAGAGACAGGCUCUCUCAAAUGGCCAUGCUGGUGAACCUUUGGAUCCUGAUAUCGAAAGCCGUGUUUCAGCGGAAGCUAGCAUCAAGUCUGCAAUGCAGGUUUUUGUUAAAUUCUCUGCAGGAAUAAUACUAGACUCUUGGAGUGAAGCUAACAGAUCUCAUAUGGUGGCCAAGCUUAUAUUUCUGGACCAACUUUGUGAGAUAUCGCCAUUCCUUCCCAGAAGUUCUCUUGAACCCCAUGUUCCUUAUGCCAUUCUCCGAUCAAUAUAUAGUCAGUACUACACAAAUUCCCCAUCCAUCCCAAUGGCAUUACUAAGUGUAUCACCCCGCCAUUCACCCGCUGUAUCAUUAGCACAUGCCUCUCCCAUAACAAGGCAGCCGCGCGGAGAUUCAACUCCACAGUAUAGUUCUAAUGAUUCCAGCUAUUUUAGGGGAUCAUCAUCCCAUAACCAGGAUCACUUCUAUGAUCCCAAUAGUGGAAACAUAAAGAGCAGUGAAGGUAGGCACCGGAAUGUUCGCCGUUCAGGGCCACUUGAUUACAGUUCAAGCCGUAGCAAAGCUAAGUUUGUUGAAGGCUCAUCUUCUGGGAGCACAGGUCCCAGUCCUCUACCAAGGUUUGCAGUAUCAAGGUCCGGUCCUAUAUCAUAUAAGUAGGAAGACAUGACAAGCACCAACGGUAAAUUAUCGACUUAUCAUGUCAGAUUUAGUACAUGUAAUCACGUGACGCUUCCUCAUAUAAAUUUUGCAAAAAAUGUAUGUAGAUUUACUGCACCACUUCGCAUCAGAACUUGGAACUAGAAUCUGAAUUUGUACGGACAAGUUCCUAUCCAAUCGGUUUUGGUUCCAGUUCUGGGUAUCUGGCACUGUUCCAAAAUCAAUAUUAAUAACAAUUAUGUUUAUUUUA